GUCUAUCGAAUCAAAUUGCGGCGCUCUUAAACCAAACAUUGAGAAACUUUAAAAACAAGCCAAAAAAUGAAUUUUAACAGUCAUGUAGAUUCCACUCUCAACACACUUUUAGAAAACACAAAGUUUCUAAAGGAAAUGGAGGCAGUCGUAUCCGAGCUUGAUGUCGAUGGCGAAUACGCAAAACUUAUGGAAGACAGCUCCCAGCGACGCGUGUCGGCAGCAGAGAUUCUAAUCGGGUUGAAGAGCAAACACAAGGCCUUGGAUCAGGAGCUGCGGCAGUGCUCUAACGAGAGCACCACCAUUGAGGAGCUCGAGCGAAACUGGCCUCAGCGGCAGGAGGCCACCGAGAAGAAGACCACGAACGUCAAGAAAACAACUGAGUACAAGAACUUUAAGAAGACCGUGGAGGAAACAUUGACCAUGGGCGAGGGGGUCAAUGGAGGAGCAAGUGGCGAAGGCGACGAUAACGACAUUAUCGUGGAGGACGACAUGGAAACCGGGGGCGAGAUAUUCUCGAUGUAUGAUCCCUGGUCCAAGGCUCUGAUGCGCAAUCCCGUGCGCAACACUCAUUGUCGUCAUCUGUACGAUCGGGAUUCGGUUUUCGCAGUCAUAAAGAAUAACAUAGGCAUUCGCUGUCCAGUCUUAGGAUGUGCCAACAACAAAUACAUCCAGCCAGGUCACCUUGUCCGGGAUCUGAAAGUCCAGAAAAUAGUGCGAGCGCGUAUCGCUGAGGAGGCGCAGGAGCAGGAAGUCUCCUCGUCAGAGGAUGACGACGACGAAAACUGAGCUAUUUAUGUUAUUCAAAUAUUUUUUUA